AUGACUUCUACUCCAAAGACUGAGAAAUGCGGACAAGAGAACGAAUCAGGCAGCGAGGGGAGCUCGGGACACCGUGGGUCGCUGCGCGGAGCCAACAAGUUGGCGAGGCGCGCCCGGUCUUUCAAGGACGACUUGCUCGAGCGCAUCUCUAACAUGCGUUCACCGGCGCAGCAACACCAUCUGCCUCAUUUCUCAUCUAAUGUCAGCAGAUCCCAUUCACCGCUUAGUCCGAAAAUUCGGAACAUGGCCACAAAGCCCACGGCUGAAGAGGGAGAAGUUACACCUGCCAAAGAACUUGAACGGCUAGUCAAAGAGGUUACAUUUGGUUUAAAACACUUUUCGGAUGUUAUUACGAAGAGGAAACUGGAAAUGCUCCCCGACAAUGGCACCAUUGUUUUUGAAUCGAUUGCAAAUAUACACAAAGCAAUUAAACCAUACUGCAGUCGGUCACCACAGCUUACAAGUGCAGUGAAGCGUCUCUGUGCUGCAUUGGCAAUGUUAAUACGUCUUUGCGAUGAAAUCACUGCUAUGAGUUUGCGAGCUGACGCGGCGAAGGAGGAACUUGAUACUUCAGCCCCUGCGUUGUCACCAGAGCACGUCAGUUCAGUAGUGAAGGGAGUGACCGCGGCAGUUGAAGAAGUGUCAGUAUUAGCACAGCAACAUAUGACCCGACCGGCGCUGUCCCCACGCCCUGCUCUUGUUUCGCCACGGGCUUCAACGCAGAGAAAUUCUUUACCAGAUAUACCGUUGACACCAAAAGAGCGUUCUUUAUUGACGGGCGAACCGGGAAACGAAUCAGCAGGCGUGCGCGCCUCACACUCGUCCGAGUCGGUUUUGGAUGCACCCGACUCACCUCCACCGAAACCUGCUAGGCCAAACAGGAAAAUCGAGUUGGCCCCACCUCUACCGCCUAAGCGUAAAUCAGCGAAUGACAACUCUUUACUGGGUCUCUCCAUUGAUAGAUUGUCUCUUCAAUCUCAUAGCAGUGGUUCUCUGGAUUCUAUGUUGAACGUGUCCCAUGAUGACGACCGGAACGCACACGAUUCUUCAAAUCAUGUGUUUGCACAACAUCCAAGCUCCGAUAUAGUUGGCAUGUGUAGCUGUAAUAAUGUUAGCGAAUUGCGCGCAUCGUUGGAGUCGCACGACUCACACGAAACGCAUCUCAACUCGACUCACGCGCAUGAACACUCAAACCACAAUCGGUAUGUCAGCCAUUUCUCCAACGAGUCCGGUUUCGUGUCAGUGGGCCACGCCGAAAUGUCUGCGGAACACAGUUUCACUUCUUUAUUCUCAUCACAUCACUACUCUAGCCAUGCGGACAGUAUUUUUAACAGUACAGACUGUGUGACGGAAAUGAAGUGCACACUUCAAAGUUUUGAGAGCCGCAUGAAUGUUAGCAAUACAAACAGUAUAACCACGCACCAUUCUUCAAAACUGGCCAGCAUCACGUCAAACGAGUCGGAGACGCCGCCCGAGCUGCCCGUCAAGACUCGCAACAUUCGCCUCGACGUACAACAGCACUUCCCCACUGUCGAAAUCAGGUCGAGCGGUGUGUGCUCCCUGCACGGCGAGCCGCGGCCGCACACGCUGGCUGUGCACCAGCCGCCGCGCCCGCCGCCGCUGCCGCUCAAGAAGAAGCACAUAAUGGCGUACAUGGAAAUGUUCGGCAACUGCAGCCAUCCACCGAACAAUGCCGCUGCUCCACCGGAUAUGUUCCGGCAUUCUAUACACACCUAUAAUUUAGCCAGUGCUAAACAUACGAACGAUGGAACAUUGAGCGUACAACAAGUUCAACGUUCUAUUGCGCAGUCAUUUACUGUCCAGCACUUUGGAAACCCACCGCUGAGCGGCUCUGAAGACAGUGUAAACAUGAUAACAUCGAGUGGCACUAGUCCUAUUCCUCUUGAGCCUCCAGCCUUGCCACCUAAGAUGAAUAAGAAUAAACAGUAUCAAAUGAGUAACAAUGAGCUACUACCUCCACCAUCACCUCGGCCAUCAUCGCACAACAGUUCUCAUCAUAGUGCCGACGAAACACUAUUGAACAAUAAUUCUGAUGAAUCAUUCAAAAGUGUGACAUUAGUACCUGGCAAAUUCCCUGUGGAGGAUGAACUGGAAAUGACUGUACAACAGCCAAUGCCAUCGCCUGUAGGGUCUCAGAGAAGUGAAGCUAGUUCAGAACCAGCUUCGGGCACAGCUGAAACCAACAGAAACAGUACUCCGGCGCCUCCAGACGCGGAUGAUAUUAUCCUUCAAACGGAUAUUAGCUCAUGGCUCGUCCUCAAGGUCCCCAACAAAGACGCCCCAGAGGUUCGCGGAGGACACCCCGACGCUCUAGUCGUACUGGCCACUAAGGCUACCAAAGACUUCGCGUACCAGGAGGCGUUCCUGGCGACGUACCGCACGUGGGUGUCGCCGCGCGGCCUCGUGGGGCGCCUGGUGCGGCGCGCGCAGCACCACCGCGCGCGCCCGCACGACCUGCGCUCCACGCUGUCGCUGCUCACGCGCGUGGUCGCCGACCUCACGAUAUCAGACUUGGAUUGUCCUCUGAUGAUGGAAAUCAUGGAGUUUAUAUAUUGGCUCGUAGACGCCGAGGAACUACCUAUAGCGAAAGCGCUAAGACAAAUUCUAGUCGACAAACAGAAACAGUUGCACUUCCAACAAACCAACAGCAGGUAUGAUUACGAUACACCUUGCUACGGCAGUGUAUCUCUCCGUCGUGACACUUUAUUGGACUUCAAAUCAAUAGAGUUAGCCGAACAGAUGACAUUGCUGGACGCUGCUCUGUUCAUACGCCUCACUACAGCUGAAGUACUGCUUUGGCCGCGUGACCAGUCCGAAGAAGGCUCACCAAAUCUAACACGAUUCACUGAACACUUCAAUAAAAUGAGUUACUGGGCGCGCUCUCGGAUUUUAGAGCAGGAUGAUGCUCGUGAUCGGGAGAAAUAUGCUAGCAAGUUUCUGAAAGUAAUGAAGGCGUUGCGCAAAAUGAACAAUUUUAACUCGUACCUUGCACUAGUGUCUGCGCUAGACUCUCCACCAGUGCGACGAUUAGUGGAGAGUAGGAUCUUGGAUGCUUUACAUGAACAUUGCACCAUCAUCGAUUCAUCCUCAUCUUUCCGCACGUAUCGACAGGCACUUGCAGAAACUCAACCGCCUUGCAUACCUUACAUUGGUCUAGUCCUUCAAGAUCUGACGUUCGUCCACAUCGGUAAUCCUGAUCUACUGCCGGAUGGAAGCAUCAAUUUCACUAAAAGGUGGCAGCAGUACCACAUCAUGGAGAACAUGAAGAGGUUCCACAAGGACAGGCAGUACAAGUUCAAAAAGAACGAGCGCAUAAUGGCGAUGUUCAACGAGUUCGACGACGUGUUGAGCGAGGAGGCCAUGUGGCAGGUGUCGGAGAGCAUCAAGCCGCGGGGCGGGCGCCGCGCCGCGCCGGCGCAGCCCGCGCACGCGCACGCGCCGCACGCACAGCCCGUCUGA